AUGAGUUUUAUAGCCUAAAAUAUUAUAAACGAUAUUUAUGGAAUUUGUUGGAACGUUCGACAGUUACCUACAUAAUCAUUGUAGAUUUGAAAGUUCCAAAAAGAGGUUUUGAGUAACUCAGCCGAAUCUAUCUUCAUUUUCCAUUUGAUUUGUUUGUAUAAGCAUUUUAUUCAUUUAGUGCUGUGAAAAUUGUGCAUUUUAUUACAUAAAUAGUUGAACCGAAUAAGUCUGCCUCGCAUUUACUGUUUUUCGUGUAAAUGUCGCGAAGAAACUGAUUUUAGAAUGCUUUCUAAUAAAUUAAUCGUAUCACACUGCUGGAGACCGUCGCAGACCAGGUAUCAUUGCAUCAUCCAGAAGUACUACUAUUCAUCCCAGCGAAAUGAUCAUCGAUCGUCGGAUAGUAAGCAGAAUGUGUUUGAAUAUGUCACCCUGCAACAGCCAAGUUCUAGUCAACAUCAGGUGAAGCAAUCCGCUAAUUCCGGAAGCAACCUGACCGUUCGCCGUGUUAGUCUUAUGGAUUUGGCUAAAAGCAAACUGUACGAAGCCCAAUCGUUUUAUGACGAAUUCAGUGGAAUGAGCGAAGUGAAGGUUGCACAAAACAAGGUGAUUGAAAUUCAAAACCAGCUGCAGUUGGUACAGGAACGGAGACGGCACAUUCUGCUGGAAUUGACACUGAUUCGUAAACAAAUGCAGGAUAUUCACGUUGAACUGCAGAAGUCAGUUCGAGGUGAGCAUCGGUAUGUGGAACUGAUCAAGGAGGAGUUUGAUGUGAUAGCACGGGAAAAGGAGAAAAAUCAAAUUUUUCAAAUUGUUGAUCAGGAAGAGCGUGAUUUGUUUGCGCACCUGACAUCGGCCGUAAAGACUUCCCAUGAAAAGGAACGCACACAAGCCAAUAACGUUAAGUAUUGGUCCAUUAUUGGUUCGUGUGUAGGCGCUCUGCUCGGAAUUAUUGCCACCUCAAUCAACUACUAUUAUCGAAACACACAGUUUGAGGCAAUUAAGAAAACUACUGGUGAAGGUGUCUCUCGGCUUGUGUUACUGGACAAGAAGCUUUCCGGCUUGGGUGACUCGUUGGAUUACAUUAAAGAAUAUGUAAGCUUGCGAAAAAUCGAAGAAGAUCGAGAACGUCUUAAAGCACUGAAAGCAUCCGAGGAACGGAAGCAAUCGUCUAAGGAAGGGUGGGGUAGUUAUCUAAAAAGACAUACAGUACGGGUCUACAGAUUUUUCAUACCAAAUAGAAACAGAUGAUGUGCACAGAAAGCGAUCUCGGUGAGCUGCGUUUAGAAUAGUCAUGAAAGAUUGAAAUAUAAUAUUGUUUUCAUAUACAAAGAGAUCAUAAUUAUUGAGAGAAUUGAAGCGAGAAAACAUAUCUUAUCUCAUCAUACUUCGCUUUCCGAUUGAUUUAUUUUUUGGAUUAAUAAAACACCCGAGAUUUGCUAACCAUUGCUUGGAUA